GUGCGCGCUUCCUAUUGGGUGUAGGCGGAGCGCGAGCCGCCGAGCCUUCGGCAAGGGCUGCAGGUGAGCGCGUGCACGCGCUGCGGCUCCCGCCUGGCUUGGGUGCGCGCGCGCGGGCUUGCGGGGGAGGUGGCCGAGAGCGAGAUUGCGGCGCCUGUCGCCUCUGCUCCGCCCCCUCCUCCUCCUCUACCCUCGCGGCCGCCGCCGAGGCCCAGAGGGAGGGAGUCGUGUCCCCGCCCGCCGCGCCACCAGUCCGACCCUCGGUCCCGCCGCGUGAGGAGCCAGCGGAGCGGAGCUCUACGCGGAGACCCGAGCCGCGGCUGCCCCUCUGCAGGUGCCUGUGAGGAGGCGCCCCGGCCGCAGCCGCGUCGCCAGCCCGCCGGCCGCGCACUCGCUCCUUGCGCUCCCGAGGGGCGACCCGGCCGGAGGAGGCCGCCGCUGGGCCCGGCCUCAGCAUGAACCGCAGCCACCGGCACGGGGCGGGCAGCGGCUGCCUGGGCACCAUGGAGGUGAAGAGUAAGUUCGGAGCUGAAUUUCGUCGGUUUUCACUGGAAAGAUCCAAACCUGGAAAAUUUGAGGAGUUUUAUGGAUUACUGCAGCAUGUUCAUAAGAUACCCAAUGUUGACGUUUUAGUAGGCUACGCAGACAUCCAUGGAGACUUACUACCUAUAAAUAAUGAUGAUAAUUAUCACAAAGCUGUUUCAACGGCCAAUCCACUGCUUAGGAUUUUUAUACAAAAAAAGGAAGAAGCAGACUACAGUGCCUUUGGUACAGACACACUAAUAAAGAAGAAGAAUGUUUUAACCAAUGUAUUGCGUCCUGACAACCAUAGAAAAAAGCCGCAUAUAGUCAUUAGCAUGCCCCAAGACUUCAGACCCGUGUCUUCUAUUAUAGACGUGGAUAUUCUCCCAGAAACACAUCGUAGGGUUCGUCUUUACAAGUACGGCACCGAGAAGCCCUUAGGAUUCUACAUCCGGGAUGGCUCCAGUGUCAGGGUCACACCGCAUGGCUUAGAGAAGGUCCCAGGGAUCUUUAUAUCCAGACUUGUCCCAGGAGGCCUGGCUCAAAGCACAGGACUGUUAGCUGUUAAUGAUGAAGUUUUAGAGGUUAACGGCAUAGAAGUUUCUGGGAAGAGUCUUGAUCAAGUAACAGACAUGAUGAUCGCCAACAGCCGCAACCUCAUCAUAACGGUGAGGCCAGCAAACCAGAGGAAUAAUGUUGUUCGGAACAGUCGGACUUCCGGCAGCUCUGGCCAGUCCACAGAUAAUAGCCUCCUGGGCUAUCCCCAGCAGGUAGAACCGAGCUUUGAGCCAGAGGACGAAGACAGUGAUGAAGAUGACAUUAUUAUUGAAGAUAACGGAGUGCCACAGCAGAUUCCAAAAGCCGUUCCCAAUACCGAGAGCCUCGAAUCAUUAACGCAAAUAGAACUCAAUUUUGAGUCUGGACAGAACGGUUUUAUUCCUUCUAAUGAAGUGAGCUUAGCACCUGUAGCAAGUGGCACAAACGCAGAAACACAUGCUCCGGGUCAAAAACUCUUAGAAGAAGAUGGGACGAUCAUAACACUAUGAAACCUUUGUCUGAAUGUCUUCGGAGUGAGGGUGCCGAAGGGACUUGUAAAUUUGGCUAGUUCAAAGCAUAUAUACCUCUGAACCAGUGACCUGGAGUAGGCCUGAGAAAAAUAAUAUUGCAAGUUUAAAAUGUUACUAAAACAGUAGUUUGACAAUUGUUAAUAUAAACUUCAGUUUGUCAGAGGUGAGUUUAAACCUAAAAGGGGCCUUUGCUAAUGAAAUUAUGUGCUUUUGCUAUUUUGUCUCUAGAGAACUGGAUAUUAGAGCACAUUCUCAGAACUAUGAGAGGACCAGAUCAUUUCUGUUCGAAGUGGUUGCAUAUUUAACCUGCUGUGCAGAGUCCAGUUAGCUUUUCCUUUAACUGUAUUUUUUUAAAUUCUAAUGUGAAGAAGUCUGAUUCUGUCCUUUGGUACCUUGGGGACCUCAGCCCCUGUGUUCCCUGUAUUUUAUUUUGAUUUUUUAGUGUUGUUCCUCUGUUGCUAAUUGUUACAAGUAAUUUUUUUCAAAUCCUUUUUUUUCCUUUCUGAUAUCUAAGAAAUCAAACCAAUUGCCUGUUUUUGGGAGUUGCUUCCUAUGUCAUAAAGCAUUGAAACCAUGUUCCUGAAUUAAACUGUAACAGUUGUUCAGGUUUCAACCUUGUUCAUCCUAUAGCUUUCACAUUUACAGACUCAUUACACGUACGUAUGACUUAAUGUUGCAAAAGGCAGUUCCAUUAACUGGUAAUACGUGAGACUCCCUUAAUCUCCUCUCGCCCUCAUUCCCAUCUCAUCGGAAAUCAUUCCUUUUGUUAUUGGUGUGUGUUUUGUUGGUGUGCUUUUAUACUCUGCUAUUAUAUUUGAGUAGUACGAAUCAUUUUGGAUUAAAAAAUGCACCCAGAUUAAGAGAUUUUUACACAUAGGACAAACGUGCACUUUUUUACGUGAGCUAUUUGGUUUUUCCUUAAUGGGAUUUCUAGGAACACUGCCUACACUUUAUGAAGAAAUAUAGAGUAUUCACCUUGGACAGGUAGAGUUUAUUGCUAUUAAUUUUAUGAGGCUAUUUAUUGCUUUCCAAUGCAUCCACUUAGAACAAGUGAAGGGUAAGGCUGCUGACUUCCAUUCCUCGCCUGAUUUCCCCGUACGGCGUGCACGAGCGCUACAGUGGGCCUGUAUAUAGAAACCCAGGAUCGUGUGAAGCGCAUAAGUUCCCUGUGGCUUAUGGCUAUUUCUCUCAGAGUUAUUUAUUAAUUAAUUUUAUGGUAGGGCUAGAAUGGGUACCUUUGUAACAGUUGCGUGCUAUGGAAACAAUGAAGAAUUAAGUGACUCCGUUUUGAAGGAUAUUUUCUCUCUACGGUAAAGAUACAUGAAGACUUGGACUGAAGGAAGGUCACUUGACUCAGAAUACUUCAUGUAUUUUGUUCACGUUACCACUAAACAGAUUAUCACUGAACUAGUAACUGCACAGCAUUAUAUAAUGCAAUGUACUUUUUUGUUGAAUUCACCCAAGUUCUUCCACUUCUCUACCACUAUUUGUUAAUGGCAUUCCAGCUUUAACCUUCUGUGAGGUAUAGAAAUUUGACUCUUGAACAGCAAAAUGUUAACAUGUAGGUUAAAUUUCAUUUAUAUUAUAAGUGGUGCAGGGGUUCAACACAUUAAGUAAAAAUCCUUUCACACACUACCUCUCUCUUUCUCUCUUUUUUUUUUAACAAAGUUUUAACAUCCAAACUUUUCUCUUGGGGGAAAAAUACUUCAGGGCUUGACUUUUUGUACAAAUUUUAACUAUAAAGUACAGAUUUGUCUUGUAUGUAUUCAUGAAAAUGGAAAUCAAAGCUGCUAGUGCUUUUUAUUUUAAUUAUCCUGCUAAGGGUAUAUGUCAGUGGUGUUAAAACUAGAUUUCUCAUUUAAAUUAUUGGUGAGAUAAUUGAUUACUAGACGUAUUGUAAAACCAAUAGGUCUUGGUUAUACAAUAAAAUGUCAGUUCGUUGGUAGUCAGAAUCAGUUAUUCCAAGUGUACCUUAUUAACAGAAAUAUCAGUGGAUUCAGCAUAAAAUUUUAUAUAUAGUACUAAAUGUCAAGCCUAACUGUGAAUUUUGUUCCGUAUCUUGAGUAAAUUUAUGAUAAUGUUCUCAUGAGCUAUCAACAAAAUAUAUGUACUUUUGUGAACUAUGAAUUUUCUAAUUAAAUUUUACAUGCGACAACAUGAUUUUUACAUGAAUGAUACUUUGUUUAAACUAUCAAAUGUCAGUAUUUUACUACAACUUUAUUAUAAAAUGUACAUUAUCACUAAAUGAACUUUGAUUUUAAAAAUCAAAUUAGCUUUAGUUGUAUAUUAUUUUUUACAAAUAAAGAUAGACUUGUA